CAAACACCCCCUUAACCAGCGUUUCAUUUCUCCCCUUGGGAAGCAGGUCUGUCCCCGCAGAGGCUCCAUCAUCCCCUUCCCGAGGCGUCUGCAGAGCAACCAGCAGAGUUAGCUGGAAGAAACGAUGGACUCCAAGUGGGGAGAGCCCUCUCUGGAGCAGAAGGUUUUGGACGUGCCCGCGAUGGAGAAAAAAAAGGUGUCUGAAGCCGAGUUCAGGAGACUGCAGAGAGAGUUUCAGAGAGCAGCGGAGAAGAGGAAAUCUUACGGUGCCAACGUGAGGCAGCAAAUGCAGGCUCAGGAAAAAGAAAUAGCGUCGCUGACUCAAGAACGCAAAGAGGUGUUAUUAACGCCGAGCCAGAUCCCAUCCCCAAGAAAUAGGAUGCGGGAUGAGAGGAAUUGUACGGGGCUCCAAGGCCUUUUGCAGACCAAAUAUCAGUGUGAUUCCCUGAUUAAAGACAGAAAAGCCCUGUUAGCGGAGCUGGACAAGGAGAUACUAGAGCUGGAAAAAAAGAUGGCGAGGCAAAACCGGGCGGCAGUGAAGGCGAAGCAAGCAAACAGUAGCAAACAGCUGCAAAAGCAGAUUGAGACACUGGAGCUGCAUCUAAACAACGUCACCGUCCAUUUCCAUACCAUCCUGUCCAGAAACAAAGAGCUCCGAGAAGAGAUUGAAAAGCUGCAAAUCCAGAAAGCUCUUUUGGGCAAGCUCUCCUUGAAGCUCCAUAAGAAGCUGGCUCAGCAGAGGAGAAGGAUGAACACUGCCGCUGAGCAGUGCACACAAGGCUACAAGCAGCGGAUGGGGGCUCUGGCAAGGAUUGCAGCCUUGAACAAAAGACACAUAGAAGACACAGUCCAGCGCAAUGUUGAGCUGCAGGAGCGGAAGCGUGCCCUUGAAAAGGAGAACAAACUGAAAAACUUCAUGCUGACCAAGUGCAGAGAUCGCUCGGAAUUGGAGGAAGUGGCCAAAAAGAGAAAAGCCCUGAAGGCAGCCCAGUGGGCCAAGCAGAGCCAAAUGGAGAGCUUCGAGAGCCAGGAGGUGGCUUACAGGCGCCUGCUGGAGCUGGCAGAGGACGGGAACUUUGACCGCCUGGUGGAUAACUUCAUCAAAAAGGAGGGGAAGAACUUUGCCUCCUUCAUCUACAUCACUGAGCUGAAGAACGAGAUGGAGAAGAUGAAGCAGAGGAUCAAGGAUGUCCAGAACGAAAUUACAACCCUUAUGAUGGACCGGGAGGACGCAGAGACGAGCAACUUCCAUGUCCUGCAGGAGCUGGAGGAAAAACUAGCGGAAACCACGAGGGAAGCCAACUGGUGCGAAGAGAGAUGCAAAGAGAGCAGCAGAGUCCUGGGCCAGAUCAAAUGUGGCGUGGAGGCCCUUUUGGAAGUAAUCGGUGGCGAUGCUACGAAGACAACGGAGCAGCUUGGAGAAAAUGGGCAGAUCACGGAUGGGAAUCUGACGCGGAUUUUAGGUCUCGUGGAGAAGGAGACCAACGAGCUCCUGCUGAUGGAGAGCGUCCUGCGCUACACGCGGGCUGAGGGCUCGCAGCCGGCCCAGCCCUUUGCCAGCCCGCUCCUGGGCACCACCAGCCUCCCGUGGGUGAUGGAUCGGGCCCGGCUCUGCCCGCCGCCCCCCGCCCUGGACAGCACCCCCGCCGACAUCGCCGCCUGGGAGGUGCCGCUGGGCCACGGGCAGCUGCACCAGCUGGUCCUCCAGAGCUGCGAGAAGGAGCUGGGCCACGCUGCCGCUGCCGCCAAGAAGGGGAGCAAGAGCCUCAAGGACUGAGAGCCCGGCACGGAGGAAUGAAAUAAACAGUUCCGCUCCUCAGCUGCCCCUCUGCUUCUGCGCCCUGGACAUCCUUCCAUCUCCCAACACCUUCUGCGGGCUUCAAAAGCUUGCCGGCUGAUAUUUCGGCACGGCUUGGCCCACUGCUGACAGCAGCCAUGGCCGGGGGUGGGAACAGCUGCUCUCCGGCGGGGGGGCCGUUGCCGUUGCUCAACGCCACGCGCUUCCCGCAGCUGGGCAUCGCGGGAGUGGUGCACCGGGGACAUGGUGACCACAGUCCCGGUCCUGCACCAUGCCUGCCCGAGGGGCUUGGUGAGGCCACAGGGGGAUGCAGAGCGGGCUCGCGGGGCUUUGCCUGCUA